CCUGGUCUUCCUCGGCCACCGUAGCGCGGCUGGGCGGCCCGCGGCCGCCGGGGCUCGGGGUUCCGUGGGGACUUGAGGAAGCGGAGCCGGGCCGGGCAGGGCCGGGGCUCCGCGGCCGCCAUGGGCAACCUGUUCGGCCGCAAGAAGCAAAGCCGGAUCACGGAGCAGGACAAGGCCAUCCUGCAAUUGAAACAACAACGGGAUAAAUUGAAGCAGUAUCAGAAGAGGAUCACCCAGCAACUGGAGAGGGAAAGAGAAUUUGCCAGACAACUUCUUCGUGAUGGAAAGAAGGAAAGAGCAAAGUUACUGCUUAAGAAGAAGCGCUACCAGGAACAGCUCUUGGAUAAAACAGAAAACCAAAUCACGAAUCUGGAAACUAUGGUUCAGAAUAUUGAGUUUACCCAGAUUGAAAUGAAAGUGAUUGAGGGCCUGAAGUUUGGAAAUGAGUGUCUGAAUAAAAUGCAUCAGGUCAUGUCGAUAGAAGAAGUGGAAAGGAUAAUGGAUGAAACCCGGGAUGCUGUGGAGUACCAGAAGCAAAUCGAUGAUCUCUUGGCUGGAAGUUUUACUCAAGAAGAUGAAGAUGCCAUCUUAGAGGAACUGGAAGCGAUCACUCAGGAACAAGUAGAGUUUCCAGAAGUUCCUUCAGAACCCCCAUCAGAGAAGAUUCCAGAGAAAGAAGCCAUCAAGACGAGGCCAAAACAGCCAGAACUGGUGGCAGCAUCUUAACCUUCUUUCCUCCCCCACCGGGGCCUUAGGGGGGCUUCGUAAGGAACUGUGACCCCUGCAGGGUUUGUGUUCUCAGUCCCAGGAAUGGGCAUGCCCUGGAACUCUCCUGUACUGGACAGGGCAGAGCAAAGCCAAGUGGACAGGGGAAUGCUGACUGAUCAGCACCACAUUUAUUGCUCUUGUAUCAAGAUUUUUUUUCUAGAGCAUUUUUUUCCUGGUACUUUAAAGUCUGAAUGCACUUUAGUAGUGCUGUCUUUCUCUCAUCUCUGGAUUAAAUGGUGACUUGCAAACUUUUCAAGCCAAAUGCUGUUGCUAAAGGUUGUGAUUUCCAUAAUGGUCAAGCCCCAAUCACAACACUCUUGGUGCUGUAUUUACACUACCUACCCCAGACCCUGUGAUGCUCUUGAAGGACUCCCUUGUCUGUAGACCGUUUCUGGGGGUUUGGCUACAUUGGGAAGGAGCAGAGGACUCUUCCUUUAGUAGUCCCACCACCGAGAGGAGAGGCCAUUUGAUCUAGGUUCCUGUUGGAUUCUGUGUGGGACCAGAGGAAGGAAGGACAGAGGAAGUCCCUCUAAACAGAGCCUUUCUGUGCUGCUUUUCUUUGUCACUCCAUCCCUUCCCUACCUGCUGGGAUAGGACAACAGCAUGUUCAAACGUGGGUCAUCUUAUCCACACUGAACCAAAAGGUAAAGCUUCAGGAAGGAGAACAUAGACUUGAGCUUCAUUCCUCCCAUCAUUUUCAUUAUGUCGUUAAAACUGGGACUGCCUUGGGGAAAUGAUCACUGGUCUUUCGAUAGGAUUUCCAGUAAUGUUCCUGAAAGGUUCAAAAGUGUGGUAGAAAGGACUGUUCUAGCAGGGAAGUUCUUACCUGUGAACACCCAGGAUGUUGUAUCUGUGCUGAUCAUUUUCAAGCCCUAAGAUUCACCUGAAACUUUCAUUUCUUUAAAUUUGGCUGCUGCAUUCUCUCUACCAUAGCACUCGUUGGCUUCGGAAGUGGGAUGGGAAUUCCUUCAUACCAUUUACUCCGUUUCUGUUUUUAUAUUAGGCAGUGGAGCUGACAUUUGACUUUAUUCUCCAUUUAAAGUAAGCAGGAGCAGAGAUUCUAGUGGAGGAACUUUCUAACAGUGGUUCUCAGCAGAUUUCCCCUACAGUCUCUCCUCCCUCCAAAAAAAAAUAGAGGAAAAAAUAUCUAGCAUUGUUCCAGUUUAGUCUCUACAGUCAGUUCUGAUAAGGGUAGGAUGAGGUUGGACUUUUGCCUCUGUAGAAUUGGGGCGGAAUGUGCCUUGUGGCCUGAAGUUUCCUUUUAGGCUGCCAUGUGGAUAAGAUAGGUGGGGCCUGGCAGCAGAGAUUUGGAGGUGGAUUCUAAUAAAAAUAUUAUUCUUAUUUUGGCUACAAUCGCCUUGGUACAAUCAUGAAUUUGAGUGUUUUUCUCCAUGAGUACAUUGUUCUGUGAUCCCCAGAACCAGUGAUCCUUGAGACACCAGCCUCUGUCCCUUGUUGAAAUAAGGGAGACAGCUCAUAUCAUCCCCCGGAUGCUUGAUUUUAAACCAAGGAUGUCUCGUGAUGUUUAAGUAGCCAGUAGGGGGAGGCUCGCUCUGUAAUCUACAAAGUUAAUCUUUGCAGGAAGCAUCAGGCCGCCUCUAACUUCAAACUGACUACUGCCACCUCCCCACCUCCUGCUUAGGGACAAAACCAUAGAUCUAGAGCUGGAAAGGACCUCAGAGGCUAGCUAGUCCAACCCCUUCAUUUUGCAGGUGGGGAAACUGAGGUCUAAGGACUUUAAGUGGUGUGCCCAAGGUCAUGGAACUUAGCGUCAGACAAGAUUUGAACCUAGGAUCUCUGACUGCAGAGAGCAGUUGUGACCGCUGUACCACAGAAUUGUAAUAAAGUCCUUGAGAAAGCGAUGGUUUUCUUUGAGCUGAGGGAUCAGAUGACUGGUUGGAUUUUAUAGAACAGAAAGGCAGAGAAUCACAGUGAUCGUCUAAUUCAUCCCUUACCUGAAAAAGAAUGCCUGUUUCAACAUACCCAGUUAAGUAGCCAGCCAACCAGCCUCUGCUUGGAGACCUUCAGUGAAGGGUAACUCACUACCGUCCAAGGCAACUUAAUGUAUUUAUGGUUAGCUCGAAUUGUUAAACGGUCUUUCCUGAUGUGGAGCCUAAAUUGGUCUCCUUGCAACCCUUGCUUCUGGUUCUACCCUCUGGGGCCAAGGACAAGUCUAAUAGCUGUUGCACAUGAUAGUCCUCAAGGCAUCUAUCGUGUUACCUCCUCCCAAACCCUAAGGCUUUUCCUCUUCAGGCUAAACAUGCCUGAUCACUCUAACUAAUCCAUAUAUGUUGUGGAUUAAAGUCCUUCAACAACCUGGCUGUCCUCUAGAUUCUCUCCAGAUUAUUUGUGUCCUUAAACUGUUUUUUCCUAUAGUAAGUAUCCUUAUGGUGGUGGAAUGGGGCUAUGUUUUGGUCCAGGAAAAUGAAUUCUUGGGGAUUAUCACCUCACCCCCUAAGGCCCCAGUUUCCUCACCUGUAAAAUGACCUUGGCUGUCUCUCCAGCUCUGAUCGGGUUGAUCCAUGCCUCGGUUAUUAAUUCAAUUAGCCAGAGUUGUUGGGAAGAGUAUCCCUGGAUCGUAAGAUCCGUAUGUGAUCGUAACCAGACUCCUAACAGAACUUUUAAUGGGUGCACAUAGAAUGGAACAGAACAGAUAGGAAUUCUCUUUUCUCUCUCUGUCCUGUCAUCUGAGCAAACAGGGAUCAUAGGAUACUAGAACUAGAGCUGGAGGGACACUAGAUGUCAUCUCAUCCAACCAACCCCCCUUGUUUCACAAAAGAGGAAACUGAAUUCCAGAGGUUUAAGUGAGUUCUGUGGUUCCACAACUAGUAAGUUUCAGGGUCAGGAUUUGAACCCAGGUCCUGCACUCCACUGCACAAUGUUGCUUCAGAAAGACUUUGGGGGGGGGGAGGGAAAGGAACUAAAAGAUGACAAGCCAGGAGUCUGAAUAAUCCACAUACUAGAUAACAGCCAGUCCCCGAGCCAUUGAAAACUGCCUGCAUCUCUGCAAUAGAGAAGUCGAUCCUUUUGACGUCAGGCUUGGAGAUUAGGUCAUUAGGAAUCAUCUCCUCCUGUUGAGAAGGGGAAUGGUAUAAGGAAGUGGUUAACAGAGCCAUCCAUCACUCCCUGCCUGCUGUCACUGAAACACUAACACAUCCCAUUUGCCUGAGAUUUACAGCAGCCAGUUUUCAAGGGCUUGCCCACGGUUUCCUGUUCUAACCUCUGUACCAAACAGAUUGUACUGUGUGUAUCCUUGAGAGAAAAAGCUGAAUGUGUUGUGAUCUUCAUGAUAUGUUGUAACAAUAAAGUAUUUUUAAUGGUUUCAUCA